AUGUUCAGUAAAAAACACAAUAGCUUCCUUAUGGAAACCUUAUUACCAGAUGACAAGGGCACCUUGGAUGGGAAUGAUUCACAUAAAAGAGUAUUCGACAGUGAGCUAACAAACAACUUGUCUUCUGUUAGUGCCCUAUAUAUCUACACUGGAACCCCAUCACAUGGAUAUGGAAGCCAAGCUCCGAAAGUUGCAGAAACUGUAAAAAGAUCAUUGGAGUACAACAGAAAGGUUAACACCCCGAGAACCAUAACUAUAGGUGAUGUAGAAGUAGAACGACUCCAAUGGGAAAAGAGAGAUGGACCCUUUGUUCAUGACAAGUUUCAUGCCAACUAUAUUACCUCGGUAUUGAGACAAAUGAGUCAAUCUGUGUUGGUUUCACAUCACACACAAAUGGAUUCGGUGGUUAGGAGGGUCAUGGACAAACUUCUGAAUCAGAGCUCAGACAUACUUACUCAAGGCAGGCAAACAUUUUGCCCUUUCAGGGAACAAAGUGUAACAGCUGCACAGGCUUAUAAAACUGCUUUUGAUUUCCUCAGUGACAACACUAGAAGAGACUGUUUUAGUUUGCUUGACUGGAUACAAGCAAUAAUUGAGUGCUUUGAAAAGGAUAGGAUUAGAUUGAUCCAAUGCGAAUCAUGUGAGACGGAAAUCAGAAUAUUGGACCCGGAAACCAAGUAA